AUGGCCGCCACGCAAAAGCUUUAUCCGCGCGGAACGGUGAAGCGUAUUGUUAAAGCUCAGUCGAAUCGCAACCUGAGCAAGAAUGCUGAUAUACUGAUCUUCUUGGACUAUAUGCUUUUCAUGCAAGAGUGA